AUGCAUAGAAGAAGGCAUAAAGUGCCAUGGAAGCUUCUGAAGAGAGAGAAGAAAGAUGAGGAGGUGAGAAAGAGAGUCUACGUUUGUCCUGAGCCAACUUGUCUCCACCACGACCCAUGCCACGCCCUAGGAGAUCUGGUCGGAAUCAAAAAGCACUUCCGCAGGAAGCACAGCGUCCACAAGCAAUGGGUUUGCGAGAGAUGCUCAAAGGGCUACGCUGUUCAAUCUGACUACAAAGCCCAUCUCAAAACCUGCGGUUCACGCGGUCAUUCAUGCGACUGCGGCCGCGUUUUCUCCAGGGUUGAGAGUUUCAUAGAGCACCAAGAUACUUGCACUAUCCGGAGACCUCAACCCACCAAUCACCGUCCUCUACAGCAGAACACAGAGGGCCAAGCAACUCCAUCAAGAACCUUUUUAACCCCAAGCAUUAGCCCUUUAUUGCAUGGAGUUCCUUUCUUAAGGCCACCCCAAGCGUCCCAUCAACAUUUUCCAGCUUUCCCUCCAUCAGCUCCUUUUGAAAACCUCCAGCUUCAACUAUCCAUAGGAAUGACAAAAACAAAAGUGAAAAGAAACGAAACGAGUUUAACAAUGGAGAGAGCAAUCGAGGAAGCGAGGAGGGCGGAUGAAAUGAGACAAGAAGCGAGGAGGCAAGUAGAGAUGGCAGAAGUGGAUUUUGAGAAGGCUAAGAAUAUAAGGAACGAAGCGAAGGCCGAGCUGGAGAAGGCUCAGGUUGUUAGAGAAGAAGCAAUGAAGAGGGUUAAUGCAACAAUGUUGGAGAUCACUUGCCAUUCUUGCAAGGACAUGUUCCACCUCCCCGUUAUGGCUGAUGAGAGUACGUCGUCUCUUGUUACGUGUUAUGGUUCCUCGGCGGCAACGGAAGGGGGAUGCGAGUGA